UAUUUAAAACGCAACAGUAGGCCUACUUAUCAACAUUCUGCUGUAGCCUACCCUUAUCGUACGUUUUAUCUUUCUCUGUCGUAGUCCAGCCCAUAGUUUGGAUUCAUCGAAUCGCAAGCUGUUGUGGGGGGUCUAUUUAAACGCUGCGCGCUCUGGUGCCAAAAAUCAUUAUCUUUCAGCAAAGUACUCUUAGACACAAUCAAAGGCAGCAAGAUGGUUGAGUGGACAGAGUUCGAGCGCACUACAAUCACAAGCAUUUUCGCUCAAAUUGACUAUGAUAAAGUGGGCCCUAAGGCUCUUUCAAGGUGACUAUAGCUUUUUUCACCAUUUUUGAAUGCUUAAAACAAAUACGUUCUUCCUUACCGAGAUUAUAAACUGAAAUUAAAGUAUAAAUUGUACUUUUUCAGAACCGUGUACCCAUGGACACAGAGGUACUUUGGUAACUUUGGAAACCUGUAUAACGCCGCCGCCGCCAUAGAAGGUAAUAAGAUGGUCGCUGCUCAUGGAGUUGUUGUCAUUCACGGAUUGGAACGGGGUUGGAAGAACAUGGACAACAUUAGAGAUACGUAUUCCGAACUGAGCCACCUCCAUUCUGAGAAACUGCACGUGGACCCCGACAACUUCAAGGCACGCCAGGGGGAUCUGCUUGUGCUUCUGCUUAGUCGUGACCCUCAAGGACUCUUCCACCACACCUACAGCCCGGACGCUGGCUCGGCCUCGCUACCAGCCUCCCCAACGUCAGGCUCGGCUUUGCCACCAGCCUCUUCAUCCACCGGGCUUGGCGUGCUACCAGCCCUAUAAUUCUAAUAAAC